UACUCUUGGCCUGGUUCUGAGCUUCUAUAUAAGUACCAUGCAUCAUGCCCCUUUAGCAUAUACUCAAUUUUUCUUUCACCACCUCUCUCAUCUAUCUCAUCACUCCCUUUUGAGUUUAAACUCUCUCCCCUCCCCACUCAACAAGAACAAGCUCCUCUCUUGUUGUGUUGGACACGAAGAUCAUGGGUCAUUUCAAGCAUCCAUAUAUCCAAGCUGCAAAUAUGUUCAUCCACUUCUGCAAUUCCAACAAAACCAUCAGAUUCUUACUCUCAAUCUCACUCUUAUCUGUCAUUUUGUCCCACUCUUCAUUGCGCCCUUUUCUUCUCGAUUCCUUCCAUAUCCACGUUUCUACUUUUCCCUUGAAACCUUUUAGCUACACCAUUGACAAGAACUAUGUGUUCCUGCUUUGCAAUGGACUCCUAGUUUUUAUCGUAAAGAACUCUGGUCUAGUCGGGAAUAAUUCUUCUUUAGGGGAUGAUCUUGAUGAAGAAUGUGUCAUGAAGAAUGGAGAUAGUCGGCCAUCAGAGCUCGGACUGUCAGAGAAUAAGGCAUCGGAUGGAAGUAAAAAUGCACUACCUGAAGUUGAAGAGGAAGAAGAAAGAGCAAAUGGGACUUUGAUUGCGCUAGGAGAAGGAGAGAAUGGGCUAAUUUUGACUACGCACGAUGAAGAUGAAGAACAAGAUAAUAGCCUUGUUAUCAUCAAAGAAGAAGAAGAAGAAGUAAACGGACUCGAGCUUCUGAGUACGGAAGAGUUGAACAAAAGAUGUGAUGAUUUUAUCAGAAGGAUGAAGGAAGAAAUAAAAUUCGGAGGCCAGCAACUGAUCGUGGUUUGAUUUUAGCCAUUAAAGCACCCGCACAGUGCUAGUCAUGAUGCUCAGCAUGUCAAAAAGAUGCCCGUGACUUUGAUUUUUCUGGAGGGUCUAGCUAGCUCUAAUAUGUAAUUGCCUUUUUACGAGUCUCUCUAGAUUACGCGUCGAAUUUCACGUCUCAAUCCUCUUCAAUUCCGUCAGGGUGUGUGUGUGUGUGUCUGUACUAACUCUAAUUUAGCUCAAAGUGUUUUUUUGGAAUGGAAGUUUCAGCAAUAAAUAAUGUAAUGAUACAUUAUAUAACGAUUUCAACAUAUCUUUUACAAUUCUA